UAUGAACUGCAACCCUUGCGACGAGCCGCUAUUGCCCGGGCCCGGACGUUCUUGCUACAAUCAGCACUAACACCAGAACAUGAUUAUACGCUUUGGUUGGAUCCUUUGUUAACAUCGAUACCACCGACUUUGGUUCAGGAUAUGAUGGAGGUGGACGCGGACAUUGUGGUGCCGAACACUAUGAUCCGUAGAGAUGGGAACGAGUGGGGCCAUGACAAACGUAAUUGGCAGGAAACCGAAUUGUCGGUUUCCUUAUCCAAGGAUGUACCUGAGGAUUUUGUGUUUAUGGAAGGGUGGGUGGAGUUCACAACGCAUCGGUUCCUGAUGAUCGACAUGGCUACCACCGAAAUGCAGCCCUUACAUAAGGUGCCCUUGGACGGUAUUGGAUCGACGUGUAUCUUGACCAAGGCAAGCGUGCAUCGCGAGGGAAUCAAUUAUCCUGCAUUUCCCUAUAAGCAUCAAAUCGACACGGAAGGAUUUGCCAUGGCUGCAAAGACUGCUGGUUACAGCGUCUAUGGUCUGCCUGCAUACAAGGUUUACCAU